AUUAAUUAAAGAAAGUGCAAAGUGUGAAUAGGCACUUACAUGGUAGGGGUAGUCUGAUUCUCGGGUUGGAUGUCUGGUUCUGCGUGGAACGAAGAUGGCGACUGUGGUCGAAGACGGUGAGGUCAUGGAUGGGAAGAUGGUGGGUGGGUUGGGAGGGGUCACCGAGGAAGAAGCCUCUGCGAUGAUCGACAACAACAAGAAACCGAAAGGCCGGGUGAAGAGACUGGAAAAGCCUAACAAGGCCGAUCUAGAGGCGGAGGUGGGCAAAUUGAACGCCUCCAUCGACGGUCAUCAAACGCGCAUCGAUGAGAUCAAACGAUUGCUUGAUGAGAAGCAAGGAAAACGACAAGGGUUCUCUCAGGAGAUGACGGAGGCGCGCAAUCACCUGGCCCUAAUUGCGGCUCAAUUCAAGACCGCAGUCGAUCAGAAGAAAGCUCUCUGGGAGCAGCUGGCGAUCACCGACGCGGCACUCGAGAGCAUGCGUCAGCAGACUAAGCUGUUGAGAGAGCGCCUCCCCUUUGUGUGUCUGGAAGAGAUCGACGACGAGAUCAAGAAGAUAGAACUGAAGAUGGCCCAUACAACCCUAACUCUGCAAGAGGAGAAGAAGGCGGUCGCCGACCUUUCCAAUCUCAAAAAGUCGCGCAGUUUCCUUCAAGAUCACCAAGACAGGAUGCACAGGGACGAGGCGGCAAGGAACGAACACUUGGAAAGAAUCAAGGAGAAAGAUGUGCUGCUGACUCAACUCAAGGAGCACCAGCAGAAGCAGCGGGAGGUUAUGGCGGCCAUCCGGGCGCGGGAAGACUCGCAGACAAUCGACAUGCCCUCCUUGAUUGAUGAGAGAGCGGGGUUGUUCGAAAAGAUAAGGCAAAGUAGAGAUGAAAUCCGACGGCUGAGAGGGGACUUCAGAAAGAGGGAGGACGAUUAUUACCAGCGGGAGAGGGAUUUCCGCGCGCAGCAGCAGGAGGAUCGGCGGAGGCAGUACUUAGUGCGAGAGCAGCAGAGAAAGGAGGUGUAUGAGAGGAGGAAGGCAAGGGAGGCGGAGUUUUACGUCGAACCCUAUACGGAUGAGAUAAUAAACUGCGACCAGCUGAUCAACUACAUGCAGAAGAUGGUACCUGCGCAGGGUUGCGCGGCAGGCGGGGGGGGGGGCAAGGUGGUGGCGGCGGCGGCGCUGGUUGCGCCGGAAGGGAUGGUCAUUAUGAGUUCGAAGAAGGACAAAGACAUGGACGGGUGGUUCUACAGUGGGGGACGGGGAGGGGGAGGGGGAGGAGGAGGAGGAGGGGGAAAGAAGGGCGGGAAGAAAGGGAGAGGAGGAGGAGGGGCAACCGCGCCAGCGACGGCGGGAGCGGCGGCGGCGGCGGCGGCGGCCAGAGGCACGGAAAAGGUGUCGUUGUCCCUAGAUGCACUGUCAUCGUUAGAGAAGCUGGGCGUCGGCGCGCCUAUUACCGUCAGCGAUCUGCCGAGCGCCAUCGAGAAGCUCAAGGCGAAGAAAACCCAUUAUCAGGAGCUGCAGAAGAAAGGUGCCGCUGCUGCUCCUGCUCCUGCUCCGGAUGCUAUUGCUGCUGCUAAUGAUACGAGCACUAAUACCAGUGCUAGUGGCUCCCCGUCCUCCUCCUCUCCUCCCUCCACUCCGUCUAAGGAGGAGGAGGAGGGGGAGGAGGCAUCUGGAUCUGCGCCUGAAGUCGCAGAUCGGGAUCGGACGGGCGGGGAGGCUGGGGAACCGUCUUCAUCUUCUUCGGCUUCUCGAGAUGGCGAUGGCGACGCCACCGCCGCCGCCGCCACCGCCGCCGCGAGUUCUGUCGCGGCUAGCAACGGUCUUGUCGGGACUCCGACCUCGUUGUCGUCUUCCUCCACAGGGAAUGACGAGGAUGGGGAGUGCAGGAAACCUCCCAGCGAGAGUCCUGAUGAUGAUAAGCGCGCCGAGGUCCGGGCCGAUGGCGAUGGCGAUGGUGUGGAUCCCGAUGCCGACGUACCUGACCUUUCUUGUGGUCCAGGGGGCGACAGCACCAUUGCGAAGAAAGUGAACGACGAAGAAGAUGACAGUGCGCAAGGGCGGAAGAACGACGAUGGCCAGGUCAGCGACGAAUGCCCUUCGUCGUCGGCAGUCGUCGAUGAUGUACCGCCGCCGCCGGAGGAUGCGCAGGAUGCUCCCGCAGCGGAACAGGUCGCAGCGCAAGGGCAGGUUGUUGACGUCAACGGGCCAGGAACCAAAUCCGCUGCUGCAGCUGCUGAUGCUGAUGCAGAUGCUAAUUCCGAAAAUCCUUGACGUCAACGAUCACACGAUUGAGAGACAGGAUUGGAUUUAUCUGGCACUAUGGAGGAGAGUGCACUGUUUUAGAGGCAUCUCGAUGAUUCUUACCUGAAAAAAAAAUAAGGGGUGUACGGACGUCCCAAAAUCAGACAGGUCGACUUGUUGGCGGGUUCAGACGGGUGAUACUACUACUACUAAUUGGUGAGGCGGAGAGCAGGUAAAGCAACAGACAGUGCUUUUUCCAGUUGGCGUUCAGAUACGCAUGCAUGGCUAUGUGUGAAAGUACGUUCACAAUUUGCAAUCCGUUGGCGUAUGACAUUUUGGUUGCGGCUGCCCUUUCCAUUUCAAGCGGCAGUGGGUUCACAUUACUGGGUGUGCUAGGCAGAACCACAGUGUCAUAAUGUUGGCUGAUGAUCCAGCCCGCAAUCCGUUUCCUUUUCUGUUAGAACUGUGAGGUCCUCGAUACAAUGUCUAGUUGAAUGUCUCAAGGCAUUCUAUCGUCGGGGCACUUCGGAUCGUCUUUCGACCAUAGAUUGACUAGGUCUGCUUCGGAACUCCCUUCACCCCUGGAUGGAUUGCCAACGGCCCUUGGAAUUGAUUGGGGGACUUACGCCUUUUGACCGGGUCCGCUGUGACAAGGUGGAGAUUGUGUGGAGGGCCCCCCCAAAAGGGGAGAAAAUGCUAGAGGUUGUGGCAAGAGGGGGAAACUUGGAGGAGGAAUAUGCUGUCAGUAAUUAAUCUAUGUUGCGGAGAGUGGGUUGGACGUUUGGCGGAAGGGAUGUUGUUGGCUUCUGGUCAUAUUGCUCGUCGUCUUUUUGGCAACCACAUAGCGUCAGGCAGCGAGGAGGGAAGCGUGUGUCGGAGACGUAACGAAUUGGCCGCCAUGCUCACAGCAUUUUGUUUCUGGAUGCGAUUUGUUCGCUAUACACUGAGGAAAGUCCUGUUGCGAAUCUGUUUUCAGCGAGUUUAGGGUAUUGGUUGGGUGUGUCAUCUGCACUCCGCACUGUUGGGGUUUUCCUUGGGUGGAUUGGACCGUAUCGGGGACUUAGACGCUUGAGUCGCAUGGAAUAUUUUCAUUAUCUUUUGAUCAUUCUAUUUGUUUUGUGAGAUUCUUGACUGGCGUUGCUCAGAGUUUUGUUCCGGCUGAGGCUGACGACGAAUUUGUCCACCGAGCUUCUUCGCAGUAUUUGGAUCGGUCGAUGCAACUGGGAUGAUGUCGACUUCGAGACGAGCUGGGAUUCCAGGUCGGAGAAACGGAUUUGUUGCCGUUCGUUGUUCUCUCCGUUAUCGCCUUCGAGAAGCAAUCGAUACCGUUCCUUUGUCGGAAGAGCUGUUGUUGUUGUUGUUGUUUGUUUGUUUUUUUCUUCUGACAAUCCUCUGCAAGGUCAUUUUGCAUUGGUAGUCAGUGUUUUGGAAAUGUCUGGUUGGAGUGCCCCUGUUGUUGGGCAACGGCAACAGCAACGACGCAGCGACCAAACCUGUGUUUAUGGGUGGGUGUUGUGCCUGUAGCUUGGCCGUGCGUUGUUCUCCAUUAUUGCCUUCGCGAAGCAAUCAAUAGCGUUCCCUUGUUGGGAGAGAUGUUGUUGUUUGUUUUUUAUCGCAACCAUCUGCAAGGUCAUUCGGCGUAGGGAGUGAGUGUUUUGGAAACGUCUGGUUGGAGUGCCCCUGUUGUUGGGCGGCAGCAACAGCGCAGAGACCAAACCUGUGUU